GGGAAGGGAAGGGAAGGAGGUGGAGUAACCCUGCAGAAUCUGAGCUGCUGUCCUCAGCUCUGGGGAUGUAAAUUGAUGAGGUCAUAGUGUUUUCCAGUUACAGAAAAGAAAGUUAAAGAAGGAAAAAAAAAAGUUUUCAGCUUGUUUUUCAAGAGAGGAGAAAACUCCGAGGAGCCGAAGAAAUGGAGCAACUUUUAAAACUCCUCCUGUGGCAGAUUUUGCUUCAGCAAAGUUCUGUGUGCUCAUAUUCAGUCCCAGCCGACGCCUCCAACCCCGCCAGCGUGGUGGUGUCCGUGCUGAACAUCAGUGCAGCUCUGGGCUCCCAGGCCGUGCUGCCCUGCAAGAGCCACCGCAUGGUGUGGACCCAGGACCGCCUGAACGACCGGCAGCGCGUGGUGCACUGGGACCUGCUCAGCUCCUACUAUGGGGAUGGCAGGAUGGAGAGGCUCUGUGACAUGUACUCAGCUGGGGACCAGCGUGUCUACAGCUCCUACAACCAGGGCAGGAUCCUCAUGCCCGAGAAUGCCUUUGCGGAUGGGAAUUUCUCGCUGGUGAUCAAAGGUGUUGCAGAGAGUGAUGCAGGCACGUACUCCUGCAAUCUCCACCAUCACUACUGCCACUUGUACGAGACGGUGAAAAUCCAGCUGGUCGUCGCCAAGAGAGGCGAGGAGGCCAGCGAGUACUGGGACGGCGAGAAGCCGGUGCUGGUGGCCCCGGAGGGCAGCACGGCGACGCUGCCGUGCGUCAACCGCCAGCACAUCUGGACGGAGCGGCACAGCGAGGAGGAGCAGCAGGUGGUGCACUGGGACAGGCAGCCCCCGGGGGUGCCCCAGGACCGCGCCGACCGCCUGGUGGACCUGUACGCCUCCGGGGAGCGCCGCUCCUACGGGCCCCAGUUCCUGCGGCAGAAGAUGAACGUCACGCGCGGGGCCUUCGCGCUCGGGGACUUCUCGCUGCGCAUCUCGCGCCUGGAGAGCGCCGACGAGGGCACCUACUCGUGCCACCUGCACCACCACUACUGCGGCCUGCACGAGCGCAGGAUCUACCACGUGGCCGUGACGGAGCCCGAGAGGGAGAGGAAGGUGGUGAACAUCAGCACGCACGCCGUGGUGCCCGCCGCGGAUCCAAACGUGGUCAGGGGCCACAACGUCAUCAACGUCAUCAUCCCCGAGAGCAGGAUGCACUUCUUCCAGCAGCUGGGCUACAUCCUGGCCACUCUGCUGCUCUUCCUCGUGCUCCUCAUCGUCGUGGUGCUCGUCACGCGCCGGCGCCGGCAGAGGGGUUAUGAAUACAACGUGAAGAAAUAUGGAGAGAAGGAUGUGAAUCUUAAAGAAUUCACAGUGGACACAACAGACCUGACCCCACACAAAAGUGAAGACAUCAGGCUGGAUUACAAAAACAACAUCCUGAAGGAGAAGGCUGAGCAAGCCAGGAGCUUCCCAGCAAAGAACAUUGAUUUAGACAAAGAUUUCAGGAAGGAAUAUUGUAAAUGAAGACACUCCCAAGCUGCUGGCUGGACCAGAAGCUUCCAUCCAAGAUAGAUAAUGUGGAAGAGAGAUGGCUUUUCUUAAUUCCAUCUCCCUCCAGUUCCCACAGAAUUUUUUCCACAUCCACUUUUUAUUUUUUUCCCCCCACACAAGGGUGCAAAUGCUUCAUGAAAGAGUUAAACUGUCUUGUGUGCAUUUAUGGGGUUGGGUUGCCUUUUCUUCCUCUGUUCUCCCAGUCCUCCCUUCCCCUUUUCUUUCUUGACAAUUAUUGUUGGAUUUUAUGCAUCGAUGAUUUUUAUGAGCUGAAUCAGCAGAGGUUUUUGCUUUGAUGUUAUUGCUUUAAAUAAAACCACCUGCAUCACUAUUCCUGA